CAAAAGAGAGAUAAGAGAGAGAGAAAAAUGAGCAACUGUUUGCAGAGUUGGCCGGAGCCGGUGGUGUGCGUGCAGUCGCUGGCGGAGAGCGGAAUAAGGAAGAUUCCGGGGAGGUACGUGAAGCCGCCGUCUGAGAGGCCGGCUUCGGGGGCUGAGGUGGCGGAGAACAUUCCGGUGGUGGACCUGGAGAAGCUGUGUAGCUCGGAGUCGGCGGUGAGGGCGGCGGCGGCGAGGGAGAUGGCGGCGGCGUGUAGAGAGUGGGGAUUUUUCCACAUAAUAAAUCACGGAAUUGGGGAGGAGAUGAUGGAGAGCGUGAAGGGGAUGUGGAGGGAGUUUUUUGAUCAGCCGUUGGAUUUGAAGAAGAAAUACGCCAAUUCGCCCACCACCUACGAAGGAUACGGCAGCCGUUUGGGGAUCCAAAAGGGAGCCAUUUUGGAUUGGAGUGAUUAUUUUUUCUUGAAUUUUAAGCCUUCUUCCAUCAGGAACCCAGCCAAGUGGCCUUCUCACCCCACUUUCUCCAAGAAAUUAAUAGAAGAAUAUGGGGAUGAAGUGGUGAAGCUAGGUGGGAAAGUAUUGAAGGAACUGUCAUUGAGCUUAGGGUUGGAAGAAGAUUAUCUAAUGAAGGCAUUUGGAGGAGAAAAUGGAAUAGGGGCAUGCAUGAGGGUGAACAUGUAUCCCAAGUGCCCGCAGCCGGACCUCACCCUCGGCCUCUCCCCACACUCCGAUCCCGGUGGUAUCACCAUUCUCUUGCCCGAUCACGACGUCCCUGGCCUCCAAGUUCUCCACGGACGCCAUUGGGUCACUGUUCACCCUAUUCCUAAUGCCUUGAUCGUCAACAUUGGUGACCAAAUUGAGGUGCUGAGCAAUGCGAUCUACAAAAGUGUGAAACAUAGGGUGAUGGCAAAUUCAAACAAGGAUCGAGUAUCGUUGGCCUUCUUCUACAAUCCAAAAAGCGAUAUGGUGAUUGAACCAGCCAAGAAGCUUGUGAGUGAGGGAAAACCAGCUCGUUUCCCUCCCAUGACCUUCGAUGAAUAUAGACUUCACAUUAGGAAGAGGGGUCCUUCGUGGAACUUAGAACAAUCUCUUGAAUCCACUUAAUUAGAAUUAAUAAUAAUCUUAAUGUGUAAUUGUGUAUGGCCUUGGCCUGGGUUUUAAAUUUUAUCCAAGUAAUAUUAUCUAUAUAUUAUAUUGUUAGAGCGUUUCCUCUUUCUUUGCCUUUUCAAAUGUACCACCAUUUGCCAUUGUCAAUGUUAGAAUUUGUGUUCCCCUUUGUCCUGAA